ACAAAACACUCACUUUCUUUAGGGCUUUGAUAAACCCUAAAACCUUCCAUACACAAUCAUUUACUCAAAUCUUCCGAUCAGUUUCAUCAAUUUCACAAGUCAUGGCGACUAUGGUUCAUGAAGGAUCUCAUUUUGAUGCGGGUCAAUUUGAUUCAAAGAUGAACGAGCUGCUUUCAUCUGAUGGACUCGAUUUUUUCACAUCAUAUGAUGAGGUUUAUGAUAGUUUUGAUGCUAUGGGUUUGCAAGAAAACCUUUUAAGAGGCAUCUAUGCAUAUGGUUUUGAGAAACCAUCUGCAAUUCAACAAAGGGGAAUUGUCCCCUUCACCAAGGGCCUAGAUGUAAUUCAACAAGCUCAAUCUGGAACAGGAAAAACAGCAACUUUUUGCUCUGGUAUCCUUCAACAACUUGACUACAAUAUGGUUGAGUGUCAAGCCUUGGUUUUGGCACCUACACGUGAACUAGCACAACAGAUUGAAAAAGUCAUGCGUGCCCUUGGGGAUUACCUUGGUGUCAAAGUCCACGCAUGUGUAGGUGGGACCAUUGUACGUGAGGACCAGAGGAUUCUCUCAGCUGGGGUCCACGUUGUUGUGGGGACACCUGGACGUGUGUUUGACAUGCUGCGUAGACAGUCUUUAAGGUCUGACUACAUUAAGAUGUUUGUUCUUGAUGAAGCUGAUGAAAUGCUCUCUAGGGGUUUCAAAGAUCAGAUUUAUGACAUCUUCCAGCUGCUUCCACCAAAGGUUCAAGUUGGGGUGUUCUCUGCAACAAUGCCACCAGAGGCACUUGAGAUCACAAGAAAGUUCAUGAACAAACCAGUGAGGAUUCUUGUGAAAAGAGAUGAGUUAACCCUAGAAGGAAUCAAACAGUUCUAUGUGAAUGUUGAAAAGGAAGAUUGGAAACUCGAAACACUCUGUGAUCUUUAUGAAACCCUAGCAAUCACUCAAAGUGUCAUCUUUGUGAACACUCGCCGGAAGGUUGACUGGUUGACUGACAAGAUGAGAAGCCGGGACCACACAGUGUCAGCCACACAUGACCUUUUGGCCAGGGGUAUUGAUGUCCAACAGGUUUCACUUGUUAUCAAUUAUGACCUUCCUACCCAACCUGAAAACUACCUUCAUAGGAUUGGAAGAAGUGGGAGAUUUGGAAGAAAAGGUGUUGCGAUUAAUUUUGUGACAUUGGAUGAUGCCAAGAUGUUAUCAGAUGUUCAGAAGUUUUAUAAUGUGGUUGUUGAGGAGUUGCCUUCAAAUGUUGCUGAUUUGAUUUGA